AUGAAUAACCUCAAAGCUGAAUUCUGCAUGGCAAUAUUUUUGAUAAUGCUGGUUCUCACAAUGAGCAAUAAUACCAAGCCUUGUGAUGCUGUUAGACCAGGAAGUGGGAUGAUGACGAUGAUGGAAAGGCAACAUCUGCCACUGCCGUCUCUCCGUCGUCCGGUUAUUCCUCCGUCGCCAAAUUGUCAGACCUACAUUCCCCGUGCCCCAUGCACCGCGGCGGCAGCCACCACCACCACCACCACUACUAUUGGUGAGAUGAACUUCGCCGGUCGUUCGAAAAACGUAGCUGUGGCUAGCCCUUCCGAGCAAUUGAUCCAAGUUGGAUUGGAGUAGCCACUAACCGGAAAUUAAUGUGAAAUUCGACUCCGCCGGAAUAUGAUCAUUAACCAAGUUUUUUUUUUUUUGGCUCAUGAGUCAUGAAUGUUGUUGGUAACCUAAAGAUCAAAGGGACCAAGG